UAAGUGACCCGGGUGAAACGGGGAACCGACGCGCUUAAAUCCGGACGGCAACGAACGAUAGAGGACAAGCCGGCUCUGCAGUCAGUGCAUUUCUGGAGGGGGACCGUGCGCUUUUAGUGGAUCUACCAAAUACCACAGGACUGACAAGAACAAGUUAUUUCCGCGCUGCAUCUUUACCUUUCAAUGAACUCCAUCCAGUAAGAUCAGUUCCCAAGCAGUAGCCAUAUACAGCUCUGGAAAAACUUAAGAGACCACUGCAGAAUUAACAGUUUCUCUGGAUUUACUAUUUAAAGGUUUGGAGCAUUACUGUAUGAACCUGGCUGAUGUCCUGUCUCCAUGCCAACUGGAGCCUCAGGUAAAGGCACACCUGAACCCUCCUGUCAGAAGGUGACCUCUCCAAACCAAGCCAAACUCUACAGGAAUAUGCCCGGACUGUAUGAUGGACUCCAACAUCACAGAGUUGGGCCUAUCACCAACCAACGCCCUGGGAGCAGGAAUGUUCCCAGAGUCCACUCCAUGGCCACUACUCCAGAAUACAAGUUUUAUCAACUUCAGUGCUGUGUUAGAGCUCAAUGGGAGUAAUGCUGGAGCCUUAGGUCAAUCGUAUGAUCCUCUGGGCAGUCACUCGCUCUGGCAGGUCAUCCUCAUCAGCCUGUUUACAGCACUCCUCUCCCUUGUAACUAUUAUUGGCAACAUCUUGGUUAUGGUGUCAUUUAAAGUCAACCGCCAGCUCAAAACAGUCAACAAUUACUUUCUACUGAGUUUGGCUGUUGCGGAUCUUAUAAUUGGAGUAAUCUCGAUGAACCUGUACACCACCUACAUUGUCAUGGGCCACUGGGCAAUGGGAAACUGGGCUUGUGAUCUGUGGCUGGCUAUAGACUAUGUAGCCAGCAAUGCAUCUGUUAUGAAUCUGCUGGUUAUUAGCUUUGAUCGAUAUUUCUCUAUUACAAGACCUCUGACGUACCGCGCCAAACGUACCACAAGACGGGCAGCCGUAAUGAUAGGCCUAGCCUGGUUUGUGUCACUCAUACUUUGGGCUCCCGCAAUUUUGUUUUGGCAGUACUUUGUUGGGAAAAGGACCGUACCACCAGAUAAAUGCUACAUUCAGUUUCUCUCUGAACCUAUUAUUACAUUUUGCACUGCUAUUGCAGCUUUUUACCUGCCUGUGACAAUAAUGAGCAUUCUGUACUGGCGAAUAUACAAAGAGACAGAGAACCGCUCUCAGGAACUUGCAGGAUUGCAAGGCUCAGGUGGACGAUUCGGAGGAGCAGAACGACCACAUUUCCACCUCCACACCACUGGGGGGAGCUCUAGAAGUUGCAGCAGCUUUGAACUGGGCCAACCUGCACACAGGCAUAGUUCCGUUCACAGGUUGAGCAGGCGAUUCCACUGCUGGGGGUGGAAGUCGGGUGGCAGAGACAAAUGUGGGCCACACCGGGAGGUGGAUCAAAGCAGCAGCGACAGCUGGAAUAACAACGAAGCUGGACUUUCGGCCGAUCACUCUGGAUCGUCCGAAGAUGACGACUGCGCACCACCCACAACACGGGCGAUCUUCUCCAUAGUCCUCAAUCUGCCUGGCAUGAGGGCAGCUGUGAAUUCCCAGGUCACUUCUUGCGAAGAUUUGGACACAGCAUUGGAGGAAGAUCCAUUACGCUCCCCGGACGAAAACGAAGCCAGGGAUGGCAACAUCACAUGCUCCAUUACCAAUGGCAACAAGCGCUUUGUCGGAAGCAUAGGCAAAGUUCAGUCUAUGUCUGCCAUACAUCCAUCAACAACGGCUAGCAUGGAUUCAGACGCAGACAAUGCCAACACCACAAUCAAAUCUCCAUCAGCGCCCAUAUCUUUCAAAGAUGCAGCACUAGCUAAGCGCUUCGCAGCUCGUGCAAGGACGCAAAUCACCAAACGAAAGCGUAUGUCGCUAAUUAAAGAAAAGAAAGCAGCACAAACUCUAAGUGCCAUUCUUUUCGCCUUCAUUAUAACAUGGACACCGUAUAACAUCAUGGUGUUGGUAAACACUUUCUGCAAUGGCUGCAUACCUGAGAACCUUUGGGCACUAGGCUACUGGCUAUGCUACGUAAACAGCACAGUGAAUCCUAUAUGCUACGCCCUUUGCAACAAGACUUUUCGUAGCACUUUUAAGAUGAUCUUGCUGUGUCGCUGGAACCAAAAAAAAAACAAGCCUAGCUUUCAGCAAAGACAUGCUGUGAGGUUUCACAGGAGCAUACCUAGAGAUUCUACAUAGCAGAAACAGCUUGGAGGCGGAGCUAAUUUGCAAUGAUGCAGCUAUAUUCAUCUAAUAUAUUUUAGCAGCAAGGGGGAAUUCCUCAUAUGUCUGUACUAUAUUCUGAAGCUUUAACAUUUGAGUCUCAAUUUGGAUGCGUUGUCUGUUAUGAUCCUGGGUCUCUAGAUUUUCAUAUGUGGUUUAGUGUACAAAGAUAAGAGUCAUCGUGAUUUUUCCAAGACAAGAACCUUGUUAAACAUCUUUCAGUGGUCCUGGAACAACUUUAAUGUAAAAAAAAAAAAAAUACAAUAAUAAUAAUAGUCCUAAUCCCAUCACUACAUCUAACCCUAACCAUAACCUAACCCCUAGCCCCUAACCCUUUCCCUAUCCCAAAAUCUGAUUGGUUGAUAGGGAUGUUGUUCCUUAACCAUCAAAAAUGAGGAGUGGUGAUGGCGUAGUGGGCUAAAGCACAUAACUGGUAAUCAGUUCAGGUUGCUGGUUCAGUCCCCACAGGUGCCACCAUUGUGUCCUUGAGCAAGGCACUGAACUCAAGGUUGCUCCAGGGGAAUUGUCCAUGUAAUAAGUGCGCUGUAAGUCGCUUUGGAUAAAAUCGUCUGCCAAAUGCAUAAAUGUAAAUGCUGAUCCAGGAACACAUUGUACUUACUGUCAAUGAAACUAAACCAAGCAGGUGCAAUUGCUAUCAGUUCUUUUAAGAACCUGUGGACUUUUAUAUGCCUUGUAAUCUAUUGUGCCAACUUUCAGGAGUUAAGCAGCAACACACCACAAGUACGUUUGAAAUUAAGACUGUAUAUUUUAAAUCUCAGAGUGUUAAAGUACAAUACUCAAUUAAUCGUUUGAAUAUUUUCGAGUUGAAAAUUAGAUAUCUCAUUAUUGUCAAUUAUUAGAAACUGAAAUAUGAUUUUUAUAUAAGGCAAUGUACAUUAAAGUAUUUACGGUGAAUAAUAUUAUAACAAGGUAAAUUAAAUUUUUUGAUUUCUGUGAAAAUGCAGAGGUUCAGUAUAUUUGUAAGUGUAAGUGUUCUGCAACAUGUGAGCCACAGUUGAAUAGUUUCUAGGUUUUUCUCUCUUGUUGAGAGUAAGGAUUUUGGGUUUUUCAUAAACAGCACUUCCGUAAAACUGCUCUUGUAUAAAGCGUGGUUGUUUACAUUGUUUUGCUACAAGUAUUUCUAUAGCCAUUAUGUAGAUCUUCAGUGCACAUUGGAAAUGUUUGUAUUUGUUUGUAAUGCCUUAUGUUUGGACUUUAGGUUUGUGCACUGAUUACACUGGGCUAGCUGUAAAAAUCAUUUUACGAAACCUAAAGAGUGUUUUUUUUUUUUACUCAGUUUUACUGUUUUACUACUGGACAUUCAGAAUUUUGAAAUUGGUGUAAUUCUAUAUACUUUGCUUAACUGUACAUCUGAACUUGUACGUAAGGUUAAAUGUUAGACAAACUGUAUGGUUUAAUACAAAGUCUGAGGCUACAUUGAAAAUCUGUGAUUUAUUUUAUUGAAACCUGGAAAAAGUUUUAGUAUUUGUUUCUUUUUUUUUUUUUUUUUUUUAAACCUUUUAUUCGCUGUCCUUUUCUGCAUAUCGCUGCUCCCUUCGGCAUAUCGCCGUUUUGUGGCCCGUUCUGCAUAACGCGCCGGCUCAUUUCAGCUUAUUCGGCCCGUUUUGCGGCCCGCCCGGUUCCGGGAAAAUGCCCAGUAAACCAGAUUACCAAUCCAGCCCUGACAUUAAAUGAAGAAGAAAUAUUAAAGAAUCUGCACUAUUUUGAUGUCACCAUUCAAACAUAAGGAAAUUUAUGACAUUGGCCUUAACUCCUUUGCACAAAAGGUCAGAUUUUCUUGCUUCAAUUAAAGCACACAAGAUGCAUUUUUGAACAUUCUCAAAUCAUGCUGGGAUAACAUGGAUUGUCAGGUUUUGCACAUGUGGAGUCUAUGCCAUCUUGAGUGCAUGCUGUCAUUAAAGCAAAAUGGAGACCAAAUAUUCUGAAAUUCAAGUAAUUAUUUUCAUACUUUUCACUCAAAUUCUAAUGCUGAUUAAAUGAACAGUAAUGAAAGUUUUUGUAUCAAAUUAGAAAAGAAUGCAAAAUAGGCUGAUUUUCACUAGUGGUCUCAGAUUUUGAACCCCAUUGUACUUUUUUUGAGAGUGCCAGACUUUAGUGUAACAUAACAUAAUAAGUCAAAUUACUUACCUGCACACUUACUGGAAAACAAGCCUACUAUAUACAGAAUUAUCAAUCAUACAUACUGUGAUUAAAAUGUGUAGAUACAAAGAAUGUCAAUUUGGCUUGAGAUAGAGAACGGCAUGUUAGAUCGAGGAGAAAUCAAAUUCAGGAAGAUUUUGAUCCCUCUUCCUUUCCAGCCCCAUUCCAGUGGUUUUCAGAAUUAUUAAAAAAUCGCUUGAUUUGUAAUUUACCCACCAUUUGUAUUAGAGUACUGAUACAGUUUGUUCUGAUAACUUUUUAUAUGUUUUCAUGUUUUACAUUGCAAAAAAAAAAAAAAAAAAAAAAGAUAGUAAGUUUUAUAAGGACCUGUAAGGUAAGGUAAAAAAUGAGCUUCUGUGCAGUGUUGUUUGUGAUUGUGUUAUUUUUUUGUUCCCAAUUGGCUGUGUACAGGAAAAAGUCAAAGUUUAAUGAUAGUUUCUGUCAGAUCUGUGAUAACUGUUGAAUGUUACUGAACUACAGCCCAGUACAAAAUGCAUUUUUUUAUU